AUGAAAUUGAUUAUCUUAAUCUUCGUUCUUUUUCAUCUUGCAUCGAAAUCAUUCGCUAGUGAUUUUUAUCCAAGUUAUAAAUUAUCGUACGAUCCAUUGAAAGGUCUCGAAUGGUCAAAUGAUCGUGCAUUGUCUUACAUUCUGACCCUUCGAUUGUUCGAUUAUGACCAUCAUGUGUUUCAAUAUCGACGAUAUCCAUGUCAAUACUUUUACACGGAUGAAAUUCAACUCAACUAUAACAAUGAAACUACAAACGAAUGUAUCUACAAUACAACCACAAAUGAUUAUGAAUACAGUUUCCAACUUCAUCUCGAUUCUCGACAUAUUGAACCAUAUAUUCUUCGAAAUAUUGCAAUACAGUGUAAAUACCUUAAUUGUAGUUUAUCGUUACUAAACAUGAAAUAUAUUCGUAUUGGUUGGAAUCUCCGCGGAAGAGAUAGUAACCUCAAUUGUUCGUUUGACACCUCCCAACAGUACGCUGUUCAUCAUACACCAUAUAAAUUAACGGAGUGGAUUACACUUCGAUGUAAAUCCCUUUCGACAUGUCAAAAGUCAAAAUACAAUCUUGAACAAGCCUUAACAUCUUAUAUUAAUAUUAUUUAUGGCUCAUCCUAUGAACUUGACACACCAUAUUGUUCACUAGAGAAAAGCCUCGCGUAUGUUAUGGAGAAGAACUUCGCAGAAACGAACCGUUUGCUUGGAAAAUUGGUUGAAUUACUUGAGCGUGGCUUUGGUCGGCCAGAUGAACGAGAACAAACGCACAUGAAAGAAUACGUCGAGCAAAAAUGGAUGCAUCCUCAAGACGCAUUAAUCACCAAUACAACGGCUCUAGCCGGAGAAGUACAAGGUACUUUCAAUAAACCGAAAGAACGAUGA